AUGGGUCAAACCACGUCUCAAAUUCCGGAACACGAACUCGAACACUUGAGCAUUGAAAGUGGAUUGUCUCGCGGAGGAAUUCUCAAACUCUACAGUCGUUUCAUCUCGUUGGCAACUCAUAGAGAUAAGACCACCAAUGAGUACUUCUUGACGAAAGGAGAUUUUCAGUCAAUCGCUGAACUCAAACAAAACCCACUCGGAGAUAGGAUAAUCGAUGCAUUCUUCGCUGACGCUGAAGUGCUCGAACGCCGUAAGGUCUACUUCAAAGACUUCGUCAAAGUUCUGAGCCAUUUCCGUCCGAUUAACAAAAACAAACCGCAUCCAUGGAAUAGCCGUGAAGCUAAGUUAAGAUUCGCCUUCACAAUGUACGACUUGAAUAAAAGUGGAACCAUCACAAAGGAUGAGUUCCAGGAUAUUCUCGAGAUGAUGAUUGGAGCGAAUGUACCGAAAGAGCAAGUCAACUCAAUUGCUGAUCGUACGAUGCGUGAGGCAGACAGAGAUGGUGAUGGUUAUAUCACUUUUCAAGAGUUCUGCAAUGCAAUGGAGAAGACAGACAUCGAACAGAAGAUGUCGUUCCGUUUCUUGACAUAA